AUGGCGGACGCCGAAGAAACGGAGAUUGCGCCGCUUGAGGAGGUUCCACAGGGGGAGGCGGCUGAAGCCCCUGCGAAAGAAGCAGCAGGCGAUGAUGGUGGUGGUGGGGAAGGAGGAGGAGGAGAAGGAGAAGCUGAGGAGGGUGGAAACGAGGGAGCAGGCGAGGAGGAAAGUGCCGAAGAAGUGAAGGAGGAUGCAAAUGACGGAGAGAAGGAUGGUGAAGGGGGAAAUGCUGCUGACGAAGAAGACGGGGUAGAAGCGGAAGUUACCCCUGCUGAAGCGGGUGAUGCAAUUGAAGGAGGUGAAACAAGUGGUGGUGGUGACGCAGGAGAAGCGAGCGACACUGAAGGAGGUGAAGCAGUUGAAGAAACUGAACAAGGCGAAGCAGGACAAACAAGCGAAGAAGGGAAAGCAACAGGAGAGGCUGAAGCAGGUGAAGCUGCUGAAGCAGUUACUGAAGAAAGGGAGGAAGAGACGGCGGAAGAGGCGGCUGCGGCGGCUGAGGAGAUUAGCGAGGCGAAAGCAGAUGCUGAUGGGCAGACAGAGGCGGAAGUCGGCGAUGCUGCGCCAGCGGAAGCCGAGAAAGCGGAAGGGGAGGAGGCGGAAGGGGAGGAAAAAAGAGGGGACGAUCAAGGGAGCGACAAGGGGGAGGCUGAGGAUGCAGAGUCGGGUGUGACUGAACCGGGAGCUUCGAACGCCGAGGAAGUAGCUGCAGAGGAGGCUGCUACAGCCGAGGCUACAGCCGAGUCGAGUGCAGAAGCAGGUGAGGAGACCAACGAAGAGGCGAGUGGGGAGGCGAGUGAGGAGGCAACUGGGGAGGCGAGUGAUGCUGCUGGUGCAGGUGAAGGGGGAGUACUGGAGGGAACAACGAGUGAUGGGGAGUCAAGUGCGGCAGAGGGAGAUGUGGGGGACGAGGCGAAGGCAGGUGACAUAGGGGACGAGCCGGUGGAGGAGAAAGGUGAGGAGGAGAGCGCAGGAGGACAAGGAGAUGGAGAGAAGGGAGAAGAGGAGGGAAAUGGCGAGGAGGUGAGAAACGAAGUGGGAGCGGAAGGGGAGGAAGAUCGAGGAGGAGAUGAGGGAGGAGAGCGGAGAGGAGGAGGAGGAGAAGGAGGAGAAGAAGGAGGAGGAGGAGAAGGAGGAGAAGAAGGAAGUGAAGCGGCAGCUGCAGGAACGAGCAACGAGGUUGAAGGGGAGGGGGCAGCGGAGGAGGCGGAGGGGGAUAAAGAGGGUGAUGCGGAGGAGAAGAAUGAUGACGUGGCAUCUGUGUCGUCAGGUGGCGGCGAUGGGGAGGAUAAACGGGCAGGUGAAGAAAACGAGGAGAGAAUACAGGAUGGAGAGAUGGGGGAGGGUGAGACAGGGGAGGGUGACAAGGGGGAAGAGGAGGAAAAUUCCGAGGCAGGGGGGGUUGGAGGAGAGAGUGGUGAGUCUAGUGUGGAGGAAGGAGCAGAAGAGGAGGUGAAAGGGGAAACAGUGAGUGCGGAGCAAUUGGAGGGAGAACCGGGGGAAGGGGAGGAAACGGAGGAGAAAGGUAAGGGUGGGGGUGAGGAGGAGAGGGAAGAGGAGGCUGUGACUAUUCAUGUUGAUGGUGAGAAUGGGAUGGAAGAGGAGAAGGCAGAGGUGGAAGCGGCAGUGGGGGAAGCGGUAGUAGAGGCUAAUGGCUUGCAGGUUGAGGAAGGGAAAGAAGAGCAGGAGGAAGAGGGACGAGUGGAAGAGGGGGAGGUGGAAGCUGGUGCAGGGCUGAACCAUGUGAAGGAUGGAAAGGGGAGUGAGGAGGGGAGUGAGAAGGGGAGUGAGAAGGGGAGUGAGAAGGGGAGUGAGAAGGGGAGUGAGAAGGGGAGUGAGAAGGGGAGUGAGAAGGGGAGUGAGAAGGGGAGUGAGAAGGGGAGUGACAAGAGUGAGAGUAGUAGUGACAGCGAUAGCAGCAGCGAGAGUGGGAGUGACAAGGAAGGGGAUGACGAGGAGAAGAAAGAGAAGAAGAAGAAGGAUAAGAAGGAGAAGAAGGAUAAGGAGGGUAAGAAAAAGAAGAAGGAUAAGAAGGAUAAAAAGGAUAAAGGAAAGAAGAAGAAGAAAAAGGACGACGACGAGCAAGAGGAUGACGAGGAAGGGAAGUCAAAGAUAAAGGCAACCGAAGGCAAGAUAAAGGAAAUGGAAGCCCGUCUCGCCGAGGCUGAGGGGAAGAUGGCUGGGAUGAAAACAGAAGCCGAGGUGCAGGCGCUGCUGCAGGCACAAGAGACAGAAUGGGCCGCCCGUCUCGCCGAGGCCGAAGAAAAGGUCCAGAAAAUGCGACUCCUUCGGCAAGCCUUGGAGCUACGAGCGUCAAAGGCGGAGGAGCAACUGGGGAAGCUGAGAGAAGAGCUGGAAGCGGAGGAGGAGAGGAGGAUAGCGGCGGAAGAAGCUAGGGACGAGGCGGAGGAGGGGCGAAGGGUGGCUGAGGAGGGCAUGGAGGCGAUGGUGGAUGCCAAGAGGCAGACGGUGAAGAACCUUACGGAGAGCUUACUGGCUUCGGAAGAGCAGAGGAAGAGGCUCGUUGCCGUGCUGCGAUCAGUGAAUGGAGAUCAAAACCAGUCAGUAUGGGGCACCAUAAUGUCAUUUUUCGAUGCCAACAAGGCUUGA